AUGGAGACCCCUGAUGAUGUCAUCUGUGAUGCUAGUGCCCCUUGUCACGCAUUUAUUCCGGGCAUGUCUUCAGCUGUCCCACCAACAACGCCUAAGUCGGGUAAGAAGAAGAAAGCCGCAGGUGCCACUGUAAGUGGCAUAGACGUCGCCAAAGAUGUGGACUUUGCGCGCUGGUACCAGCAAGUCCUUCUGAAGGGCGAGAUGAUUGACUAUUACGAUGUCUCUGGGUGUUACAUCUUAAGACCUGGCUCUUGGGAGAUCUGGGAGAUCCUGCAGGACUGGUUUAACAGCCGCAUCAAACUGAUGGGCGUUCGCAACUGCAUUUUCCCCCUAUUCGUUACAGAGGAUUUGUUGAACAAGGAACAGAAUCAUGUUGAGGGUUUUUCUGCCGAAGUGGCUUGGGUUACUCAAUCUGGCAAUACCAAGCUUGAGAAAAAGAUCGCCAUUCGCCCAACUUCGGAGACUAUCAUCUACCCCUACCUGGCUAGCUGGAUCAAGAGCUGGCGUGCACUCCCGCUACGCUUGAAUCAGUGGAACUCCGUCGUGCGAUGGGAGUUCAAGAAUCCUCAGCCGUUCCUACGUUCACGGGAGUUUUACUGGCAGGAAGGCCAUACUUCUCACCUGACCUCACAAAGCGCCGAUCAGGAGGUUCUCCAGAUUCUCGAUCUCUACAGUUUCCUUUACCGUGAGCUCCUGGCUAUCCCUACUGUUCCUGGUCGCAAAACGGAAAAGGAAAAGUUCGCGGGUGCAGACUAUACAACGACCGUGGAAGCAUACAUUCCGGCUACUGGUCGAGCAAUCCAAGGUGCUACUUCUCAUGGCCUUGGUAAAAAUUUCAGCAAAAUGUUCGACAUCGCGGUCGAGGCCCCUUGGCAAGAUGGAUCAGAAGAGCGGACACUCAAGACCUUCGUCUGGCAAAACUCCUGGGCGUAUUCUACUCGCGUACUUGGAGUCAUGGUCAUGGUUCAUGGUGAUGAUAAGGGAUUGGUCAUCCCCCCUCGCGUUGCUCCCACGCAAGUCAUUUUGGUGCCGGUCGGCAUCACUGCCGGUACACCCGAAGAUGUUAAGCAAGGCGUGCUGCAGUGCAUUGAUGACAUCCAGAAAGCCCUCCAGAAUGAUGGCAUUCGUACGGAGACCGAUGUGCGCGAAGAGUAUUCGCCUGGGUGGAAGUUCAACCAUUGGGAACUGAAGGGAGUUCCCCUUCGACUUGAGAUUGGCCCCAAGGAACUUGAGACCGGUUUGUCCUCAUUUGCUCGACGUGAUAGCGGUGGUAAGGGAUCUAUUCCGACUCCCAGUGUCGCUGCUGGAGUUGCAGAGCUGCUCAAGGACAUUCAAUCUGACAUGUACGCGCGGGCGCUGGCAAAAUUCCGCGAUAAUCUCAAAAUAAUCACGAAGUGGGCAGAUUUUGCACCGGCGGUUAACCACAAAAACCUAUGUCUUAUCCCCUUCUGCCUGCAGGAAGAUUGCGAGGAUAAGAUCAAGAAGUUGAGUGAGGGAACUGCAGACUCCAGCACUGAAUACGAUGCAAGGGCUCCAAGUAUGGGCGCAAAGAGCUUAUGUAUCCCAUUCAAGCAACCCAGUGAAUUGAAGGACACCAAUACACCAUGCCUUCGAGAUGGAUGCAACCGCAUGGCUGAGAAAUGGUGCAUGUUUGGACGGUCAUAUUAG